AUGGCUGCUAUACACUUCGAUUCACAAGUUGAUCCAUGGUUUCUUAACUACCAACAAGGUAAAGGAUUUAUUACUUGGUCUACUUUUAUUCAGGAUUUGUAUGCUCGUUUUGAAGAUGUUGCUCAUGAUAACUAUGUGGGAAGUUUCAAUAAAUUAUCUCAAACAACCACAAUAGAGGAUUAUUAUGAUAAAUGGGAACACUAUAAAAGAUUCAUGGUAGCUAAUAAUCCCUCCCUCCCUGAUAGUUUUUAUACACUGAGUUUCAUUAGUGGCUUGAAGGAGGAAAUCCGUACUGUUGUGCAAAUGUUUAAACCGGAAGAUACUUCCACAACUUUUUAUUUGGAUAGAUUGCAACAAGCUUCACUACAACAGUUUCCUAAACCAGUUAAAUCCUUCUCUAGACCAUUUGCACCUACACCACUAUCAGUUUCACAUCCACCCUCCACUAUCAAACCCUUCUUAUCUUCACCAUAUACAUUCUCAAAGGAUACUGGUUCUUCCCCACCAUCUAUUGUCACAUACCCACUCACCCCAACAAAACUUUCUCCUGAUUCUAAUCUUCCUCCUGUGAAACGCUUAACUCAUGCUCAAAUGCGAAUUCGAAAAGACAAAGGGUUGUGCUAUAAUUGUAAUGAAUUCUAUAGACAAGGUCAUAAAUGUAAAACUCAACAGUUAUUUAUGUUGAUUGUUGAUGAAGACCAAGAAGAGCAAGGAGCCUUAUCCACUGAUGAAGUUAGUGAUACAUCUCACUCUGGUGGAGAAUCCCCAAUAGAAAUUUCUCUGCAUGCCUUAACAGGGAACAUUGCUCAUAAUACUAUAAGAAUAUCUGGUCACCUUAACAAGCAUCCUGUGACUGUUCUUAUUGAUACAGGCAGUACGCGUAGUUUCAUUGAUACUACAUUAACCUCAAAACUGGGUUUACAUUUGUCUCCUACGGGACAAAUGCUUGUUACAGUUGCUAAUGGUGAUAGCACAGUAAGUCAAGGUAUCUGCCACAACCUUAAUUGGGAGAUGCAAGGCUACCAAUUCUCAGCAAAUUUACGGGUACUACCUUUAGGUGGAUGUGACAUUGUCUUGGGAGCUGACUGGCUUCACCAACUUGGUGAUAUACUUUUCAACUUUGAUGACCUGCGCAUUUCUUUUCUUCAUCAAGGUUGUAAUAUCACUCUACAGGGUAAUCAUUCUAAACCUUCUCUCAGCUUAAUUAGUGGUUCUUAUUUUGAUAAAUUCCUCAAGAACAACACACCCACCAUUAUUGGCCAAUUCCUUUCUAUAUCCUCUACAGCCAUCACACCCUCACCACCUGCAGUCUCCACACUUUUAGAAAGCUUUGCUGAUGUUUUCGCAGAACCAACUGAACUUCCUCCAUAUAGAUCACUUGAUCAUAAAAUACCUCUUAAAACUGGCUCAAACCCUACUUCCCAACGGCCUUAUAAGUGCCCCUACAUCCAUAAGUCUGUGGUUGAGUUCUUAGUUUCUGAAAUGCUAGCCAAUGGUACAAUCCAACCCAGCCAUAGUCCAUUUUCUGCUCUUAUCCUCUUGGUCAAAAAGAAGGAUGACACUUGGCGUUUUUUUUGUCGAUUACCGCAAGUUUAA